ACAAAAGUUUGUUUGUCUCCGUCUGGUGAUGUAUGUAAAUUCUAGUUUCAUUUCAAACUCAUAUUCAUUGAACAGUUCCCGAAGCUAUUGUAUCCAAAUAAAUAGUAGUAUAUGUGUUAAAGUAGCAUCACUCUGUGAAUAUUCCCUCGUAGGGUAGGGGAUAAAAUCUAAAAAAUUACUACCAUAACUUCUCUUUUUAAGUAUCAGGGACCAAUUAAUCGAGAGGAUUAUUCCUCCAAUCCAAUGCAAUGGAUCCUCAACCUCCACAUGUACUCAUCUUCCCUCUCCCCUUGCAAGGCCCCAUCAACUCCAUGCUGAAGCUCGCCGAGCUCCUCUGCCUCUCCGGCGGCCUCCAUGUCACCUUCCUCGUCACCGACCACAUACGCCGUCGCCUCCUCCGCCACACCAACAUCCAAACGCACUUCAGCCGCUACCCGGGGUUCGACUUGGCAUCGAUACCCGAUGGCCUACCGGAAGACCACCCCCGACUUGGCGACCAACUGACGGAGAUAUUCGACGCUUUGGAGGCCGUGACGAAGCCGCUUUUCAGAGAGAUGUUGGUCUCCGGUACACGGCGGCCGCCAGUGACAUGUGUGAUAGCAGAUGGGAUUCUGGGUUUUACGAUAGAUGUUGCCAAGGAGAUUGGGAUGCCUGUUAUUUGCUUGAGGACUAUAAGUCCUUGCUUCCUCUGGAUUGUCUUCUGCCUUCCCAAGCUAAUUGAAGCUGGAGAACUUCCAUUCAAAGAUAAGGACUUGGACGCACCAAUUAGGAGUGUGCCGGGAAUGGAAGAUUUUCUACGACGACGAGACCUACCAAGCUUCUGCCGCUCCGGCGAGCUCACGGGCCCAAUUUUCAAGCGCUAUUUAACGGAGAGCAUCCAAGUUUCACGAGCCGACGGUCUCAUACUCAACUCAUUUGAAGACUUAGAAGGACCACUACUCUCUCACAUUCACACUCAAUGUCCCAACCUCUACACCAUCGGACCACUCCACGCCCACCUAAAAUCUAGGUUAUCCAUUGAAAAAUCAUUGUCCUCGUUUAGCUCAACCAGUUUUCGGGAAGAGGACCGAAGUUGCCUUACAUGGCUCGAUCAACAACCAUCCAAAUCCGUGAUCUAUGUUAGCUUUGGAAGCCUCGCAACAAUGACAUGGGACCAGUUCACAGAGUUUUGGCACGGUCUGAUGAAUAGUGGGAAGCAAUUCUUGUGGGUUAUACGGCCUGACUCUAUAGCCGGAAAGGAUGGGGAGAGUCAUAUUUUUACAAAACUCCGAGAGAACAGUACAGGAAGAGGGUACAUUGUGGGUUGGGCUCCACAGGAAGAGGUCCUGUCCCAUGAGUCCGUCGCAGCUUUCUUCACUCAUAGUGGGUGGAACUCGACGUUGGAAAGUAUAUGUGAAGGAGUAUCGAUGAUUUGUUACCCUUACUUUGUGGAUCAACAGGUGAAUAGUAGGUUUGUGGGAGAGGUUUGGAAACUCGGGUUGGACAUGAAAGAUACAUGCAAUAGAUUCAUCAUUGAGAAGAUGGUAAGGGAUCUAAUGGAGGACAGAAGGGAUGAGUUUAUGAGGUCCGCGGAUCAUAUGGCUAAUUUGGCGAGGCAAUCUGUGGGGGAAGGAGGGGUAUCACGUCGUAAUUUGGACCGUUUGAUUGAGGACAUAAGGUCGAUGAGCCUGCGAACAUCUUACAGCCAAAGCCCGGAUUAAAUUGUUCAAUGUUACAUACGCUUUCAGUGAGUGAGUGUCACGAAAGCAUAGGCAUACUGUUGUAUCCUCUACUUCAAAAUAAGGGGUUGGGAUUGAUGCUACUAAUUCAUUUUCGGUUAAUUCAGGUUAAAAAGUGCUAGUAUGUCAAGACAA